AUGGAUGAUGUCGCUUACGUUGACCUGAGAUGUUUCGGCUUUCAGGUGAAGGUAGUGUUCAUAGGCAACCUCCUCAACUACGAGGAGAUCUGCUCGUUGUACCACGACUGCGAGAAAAUGUUGACAGUGCAUGACCCAGCACGUCUCCUGCUGCACCUGUACCUCCAGGGAGACUUCAACUACAUCCUGCACGACUCCAACAGCAGGUAUCUGCUCGUAGCCAGAAAGGGUGCAGCUCCACUGUUUUGGGGCGUCGAUGAUGGCAACGGCGAUAAUGUCAUCAUUAGCACCGUGCCUGCCUACCUGUCAUCCUUCCCUGCCGGAUGCGCUUUCGAGAGCCAGGUGAAUGACGAGGGUGAGGGAGACUCGCGCAUGUUCAAUUUUGAGCGCGACAGCCCCAGCCAGCGGGGUGUUGACACUGUGCGCCGCAUAGACAGCAAGGGGCACCUGUGCGGACUGAUGUUCAAGUCUGUGAGUGGGCACGAUCUGGUGCAUGUGCCACUGGCGCCCAGCAAUGUCUUCUGACCAAGGAUAAAGGAUCAAGGAUAAAGGAUCAAGGCCGCUGUUUCUCUGUCAUCUCAAGAUGAGUAUAGAAUGUACAGAACUGAUUGCUGCUGAGGAUGAGAGCCCUUGACAGGAAGGGAUGUGUCAUAUGUACGAUACACUCAAGAGCUGCUUUAGGACUGAUGGAACAAAGAAACAGCUGGGGCUACAGAGGAAUCUGAGUCAGGCUGAGUUGUCAGUGGUGCAGAGUGGACUGCAUUGUCUGCUUUUCUGGCUGAGUUCGCUGGGGCUCCUUGCUCAGGCCCGGCUGGUCUGGGAGAUUCUCAAUCGGUGGUGGUAGCAAUGUUGACACAGUAUGACCCAGUACCCAGAACAAAGACAUCCAAAGUCUAUUGGAUGAGUGCUUAUGUGCCAUACUGCUGAAGGAGACUCUGUGCUAAGGAUGCUGUAAAGUUGUCAAUGCCG